AUGCCAAAGUUACCGGCGAUGGCACUCUGUAGAAAGAAGCGAUACGCAUCAGCGAAAUCAGUGGUUUAUACAUGGGUCGAGCAGGAUACGCUGUUGUUCACUGCUUGGUGCUCAAUGGGUAAGAGAAAUAAUUUUAAGAAGGGUGGUAAGAAGACCUUUGGGGCUCGUGAUGACUCGAGGGCGCAGAAGAACUGGUCCGAACUGGUAAAAGAGAAUGAAAAAUGGGAAAAAUACUACAAAACCCUUGCUCUGUUUCCCGAAGAUCAGUGGGAUGAAUUUAAAACUGUUUGCCAAAGUCCAUUGCCUCUAACUUUCAGAAUUACGGGCUCCCGAAAACAUGCCCAAGAGAUCCUGCAGAUGUUCAAAGAGAGGCACUUGCCAAACUUGACCAAUGUUGAGUUUGAGGGUGAAAUCUUGAAGCCUCCUAUGGAGUUGCCUUGGUAUCCAAACCAUUUGGCUUGGCAGAUUGAUGUGCCUAAGACAGUUAUCAGAAAGAACGAACAAUUCGCCAAGACACAAAGAUUUUUGGUAAUUGAGAACGCUGUGGGUAACAUUUCAAGACAAGAGGCAGUUUCCAUGAUACCUCCCAUUGUUCUGGAAGUUCAGCCUCAGCAUUCUGUACUCGAUAUGUGUGCCGCCCCAGGUUCCAAAACUGCUCAAAUGAUCGAGGCCUUGCACACUGACGCUGAUGAGCCCACUGGGUUUGUGGUUGCUAACGAUGCAGAUUCCAAGAGAUCCCAUAUGCUUGUCCAUCAGUUGAAGAGAUUGAACAGCGCAAAUUUGAUGGUGGUUAACCACGAUGCGCAAUUUUUCCCUAGAAUCAAGGCCACUAGUCAAGAUGAGACGAAUAAGAACAAUAUUUUGAAAUUUGACAGGAUCCUUUGUGAUGUCCCAUGCUCUGGUGACGGUACAAUGAGAAAGAAUGUCAACGUUUGGAGAGAUUGGACUCCACAGGGUGCCUUGGGCUUGCAUACGGUGCAAUUGAAUAUUCUAAACAGAGGGCUACAUUUGCUAAAGUGCAAGGGUAGAUUGGUUUACUCCACUUGCUCCAUGAACCCAAUUGAGAAUGAAGCAGUCGUGGCAGAGGCCUUGAGAAGAUGGGGUGACAAGAUUAGACUUGUGAAUUGCGAUGACAAGCUAUCUGGACUAAUUAGGUCAAAGGGUAUUUCUCAAUGGCCUGUUAUCGAUAGAAGCAUGACCGAGAAACAGAGAAAUGAUGAAGGUGUUAUGAGCAGUUGGUUCCCACCAACAGAAGAAGAGGCGGCCAAAUUUCAACUCGAAAACUGUAUUAGAGUUUAUCCACACCAACAAAAUACCGGUGGCUUUUUCAUUACAGUGUUUGAGAAAAUUGCUGACGAUUCUGAUUCUUCUAAGAGAUUAAUUGCGGAGAACCAAGGCGUCGAGGAGCCAGAAGCUAAGAAAAUAAAAACAGCUGACUCUAACGUUACUGCACCCCCUGUGAAAAAGGAGAGGCUACCUCGUGACGCCAAUGAAGAGCCUUUCGUUUUCGUUGAUCCUCAGCAUGAAAGCUUACAGAAAUGCUGGACGUUCUACGGUAUUGACGAUAAAUUUGACAAAGAUUCAUGUCUUGUGCGUAACGCUACGGGUGAACCAUCGAGAGUUGUUUAUACUGUUUGUUCUGCUCUGAAGAAUAUCAUUCAAGCAAACGAUGAUAGAUUAAAGAUAAUCUACUCAGGUGUGAAAUUGUUUGUCGCCCAAAGAAGCGACAUUGAGUGUUCUUGGAGAAUUCAAAGUGAAGCUCUACCAAUCAUGAAACAUCACAUGACAUCUGAUAGAAUUGUGAGUGCUAAGUUGGACCUUCUAAAGUUGUUACUGGUCGAGUCAUUUCCUAGUUUCAGCGAUAUUGAGUCUAAGGGUGUAGAUAAUGAGUUUGUGGAGCAGAUGAGAAAUUUGAGCUCCGGUUGUGCAUUCAUUGAAAUCAAUAGAGAUAAUGAUGGUAAAGAAAAUCUAUUUCUACCUGUUUGGAAGGGUACUAGAUGUGUUAAUUUGAUGGUUUGCAAAGAAGUUACCCAUGAGCUCCUAUACAGAAUUUUCAAUAUCGAAACGACAGCUAAGACUAUCUCAAAGGAUAACGUGACUAAAAAGGAAGAGUCCCCCACUAUCGAGGGCGCCAAUGCCACGACCGACAAGGAAGGUAACGAUUGA